AUGACGAUUACGCUGCUCUGCGUCCUGCUGAUCGGGCACCAGGUUCAGGCAGUGAUUAACAAAGCGCAGUCGCAAGCGCCAGCUAACAAUGAAGAAGAUAAGCAGAACGAAAUUAAGGCUGACGAAAGGAUAAGUAACGUGUAUGGUCCACCCUCAGACGACUAUGGUCCACCACUUGGGUCGAGUAUUAAAGGACCAGCACCGGUUUACGGUCCGCCAGAGCUAGUAGGUGAUCAAGGACCAACUCCCAUAUACCCACCACCGCCGCCAGACGUCCCACCACCUGUCUACGGGCCACCAUUGUCCUCAUAUGGACCGCCACGAAAUAUUAAACCGCUUCAUGGGCCACCAAAACAAAGUUUCGGCCCUCCUUUGUCCCCUUUGCCUUCGAAGCUGAGCUUUGGCUCGCUGAAACUUCACUACGGGCCACCGAAACAACACUAUGGCCCACCGUAUUCAUUCGCUUCGUUUAGGCCACCGAAACCACAGUAUGGUCCGCCAUUGAAAUUCACUUCUUCCGUGUCCAAUCAGUACAUCGGUAUAGGACCUUCCAGUCUCGGGUCAGCGAAACCCACACAUGGGCCAGCUAUUCCGGUGUCUAUCGACGCGUUCGCGUUGUCUCCGCAAAAAUUAGCCGUUCAAUUCACUUCUCAACCCAAUGACAACUACGGACCACCUCCACCACCUUCGCUGCCGUUACUGGCUGAGGUUCAAUAUGGACCACCAGCCGAUGAUCUGUUCAGACCACCUCCACAGGUUCCACCUCAAGUUCACCCACCAGUUCCUCCGCCAGGAGUACCAGCGCCACCUACACCACCUGACAUCAAGUACGACGGCUGGCAACCCAUUGCGGGACUGUCGAAUCAACAUGGACCACCCACGAACUCCUAUGGGCUUCCACCUGACGAGCAUAAGGUUCUGGAAGGACCAUCCGUGGGGCAUCACAUUGGACACUCUGCCAACCACGUCGUCGAGAAUCCAAACGUGCCAAAUGAUUCGUACGGAGUUCCAAUUCACAGUCCAGAAGCUCAAGACUUGAAGAGCUCGGUGAAUUCUGGUUCUAACGAAAAUAAAGGUUUACCACCGCCACCAUUGCCGGAAUACGAACCGUUCCACAACGAAAGCCCGCCAAAGAAGGAACACUCGCAAAAGGGUGUACAAGGUCAGAUCAAUUUACAAUACGAAGUGCCCAAGGUAGAGCCGCUUUCUAUCGUAAAGACCGUUGGAUUCGAGAUACUGCCUACCAGUUCACCAUUAAGUUUGGACCUUAGUGCAGGAUCGUUGCCUACCAUAAAAUUACCAGUGCUUGAUACCGGGUCCCAUUUCAAUCUCGGUAGCGGAGACUCUCAUGCGUUCCAAAAUUUGGGUAACGACUUAUCCCUGUCACAAAUAUCGCUAAACGCACUAUCCAAUAGCUACGGUCCUCCCUUAUCAGGCAUUUCCUUCGGAAAAUUGAACUCCAUCGAAUCCGGCAUACCUUUGCCUCCGCCACCUGUCCUCGAUUCCUACAGUUUACCUCCCCUGUCGUCUUACUCGCCGAAUGGUCCUUACCCAGCUGCGGAGGCAGGUCGGGCCUCAUCCUUCGCUUCGUUCGGACUGCAUGGUGGUUCCCUUUACAAGCAAAGUGUGCAUCACCAUCGUCCUCACGGGUCCUUCAGGCCACCUCUAGCUCCUCCAGGCACUCUGAUCCCUCCCAGGAACCGUGAACCGAUCAAGUUCAAAGAACCCAUUCCUAGCGGACUUCUAACUAACCUCAACCGUCAUGUUCCGCCACCUAGACACCUCGAGUUAGCUAAAUCGCCAAAGACAUACCUUCCACCAUUAUCGUUCGAGCAACAGUUACCCACUCUUCACGCUCCGAUUGCUUUCAACAAACUACCCAGUGUCAGCUUGAAUUCGCCAAUAGCAGCCCCGAAUGCGCAAUACGGAACGCCAUUGUCGUUCGGCGACUUUAACACCCCGGCACCUGUGUUGACGUACGGAGCGCCUAACUUUGGACCCGCUUCUUCCUUCGUCUCCACCUCCGCUGGCUUUGGAAGCAAUUUAUACGACAGCGUCAGUAACACCAUAACAACCACCUAUGGCACCCCGGUUGUGAAUUUACCAUUGUCGACAGGUGGUGGACACGACUGCGGUUUUCAACAGGGAGGCGCUGGUGCCCAGUACAGCUUCGAAGACACUACGAGUCACUCGCUGAACGCUGGGUCUCAUGGCGUCAGUGGCAUAAGCCUCCCUCAGUCGAUCGGUCAGCUAAGCCUGCAGCAUUUCGAACAACCGAAGGCGAAUCUGAAAGACAGCUACGGGAGCUCGAUAGGCGGGACCUACAGCGUUUCUGAGAAUCAUGACAACGUCUUGUCCAGUGAUCACAGCCAGUCAGCGGAAGUCGCUAAUGUGCUAUCAGCGCCACCUGCCUCGCAAUCUCACGAAUCAUUCCCGAACAAUCUAGGCCUGAACGAAGUGGAUGCUAGUCAAUUUCUGAACACCCACGAAGGCAGCGAAGCUCUGUCCCUGGCUAAGGGUCUGACAGCUAAUGGAGCUGACGGUUUCGAGGUCCAAGGCUCCAAGGGAACCUACACGUUGCAGAUUCAAGCUGCUGACGGAGGAUUAGGAACGGAGAAUUCGGAUGGCAGUAUUAGGCACGAUCAGGUACUAUCUAAUGGCCUCCUGCAAGAUAUUCUCGCGGCUAUCGAGCAGCCUGAACAGGGCCAGAUACAGGUUCAGGGUCACCCAGAGGCUCAACAGCUGCAACACAUCUAUAGCGAUUUACCACAGAAUGCUGACAUUCCUAAAGGACAUUAUAUCACCGUGGAAGAGAACGAUCAAAGGAAAGAUAUCGAUGGAUUGAUUGGACAUGCCAGUGACAGGAACGAAGCUGAAUUUAAUAAAGACGUCUCGGCGAAGAAGGAGGCUGUUGCUCUCUUCUUCAACAAUCAAUACGGAGACUCGAGGAAGGAGAUCAGGUCUGUGUCGAAAAAUGAGAACGUGUCAACGGUCUCGUCUAAUGACGGGAAGAACAUUAGCAAGACGAACUCGUCCUAA